CUUUCCUUAUAAUUUAUUUUUAUAAAUAAAAAAAGGCAACCUACCAAAGUAGUAGUAGCACUGCUACUACAACACCUUUUUAAGUCCAAAUAAAUCGUCACUCAUCUUACUAUGCCUUUUUAUAAGUAGAUCCUCUUCUCUUCCCUUGUUUUUUUUGUUUGUUUGGGUUUUACUAUAACUCCAAUAUUUUAGCUCAUCACCUCCUCACCACUCCACACACACCACUAAAAAUAAAAAUGCCAAUUCCAUCGAAAAAAAGCUCCUUGAAAAUCUCAGAAGAAGAAGAAGAAAAUGGAAUUACAGAGGCUUUGAUUCCAGGAUUACCAAACGACGUCGCUGAGCUCUGCCUACUUCGAGUUCCGUAUCCGUAUCAAACUUUGGUCCGUUCCGUUUCAGCUUCGUGGAACAAAGCCAUAACCCAUCCUGGAUUUCUCCUCUCCAAGAAGAAUCUCUCUCUCUCGCUGCCUUUCAUCUUCGUUUUCGCCUUCAAAAAAUCAACGGCCAGGAUGCAGUGGCAGGCCCUCGACCCUCGAUCGGGACGUUGGUUCGUCCUCCCUUCUAUGCCUUUACCGAACGACGACGUUUCACUUUCACCCUCCUCCUUCGCCUGUGCCUCGCUGCCACGUCACGGCAAGUUAUUUGUUUUAGGCGGGAUGCGAUCCGAUACAUGUAGCCCCAUGCAGAGUACCGUGGUCUACCACGCGUCCACCAAUCAAUGGUCGGAGGCAACCCCGAUGCUGUCUCCGAGAUCGUACUUCGAGGCCGGGGAAAUCAACGGCGAGAUCUUCGCUGUCGGAGGGAGCGAUGCAACCGGUGAAGCCAUCACCUCCGUAGAAAGGUACGAUCACGUGACCGACACGUGGAAAGCCUCCGCCAAACUGCCGGCGGCAUUGGCGCGGUACAGCUCGGCGGUGGUGGGGGGAAAGUUGUGCGUUACGGAGGGAUGGACGUGGCCGUUCAUGUUUUCACCGCGGGGAUCAACGUACGAUCCAGAUUCGGACACGUGGCGGGAGAUGAAGGCGGGUAUGAGAGAAGGGUGGACGGGGGUGAGCGUUGUGGUCGGGGACAGGCUGUUGGUUAUAUCGGAACACGGAGACUGUCCGAUGAAAGUGUACAAUCCGGAUGAAGACACGUGGCAAUACGUGGAAGGGGAGAAGUUCCCGUGCGACGCGCUUAGACGACCUUUCAGUGCGAUCGGCUUAGAUGGAUUGAUAUACGUUGUUUCGAGUGGGUUGUACGUAGGCAUAGGGAAGUUGUACGUUGAUGUUGGAGAAGGGUUAGGGAAAAAGGGUAUUACUGUAAAAGUAGAGUGGCAGGUUGUGCCAGCUCCGAAUGCUUUUCGUGGGUUUGCUCCGUCGAGUUGUCAAUUACUUUAUGCCUAAUCUAAUCUAAUCUAUUCUAAUCAAAUUUAAUCUAA